GCCAGACAUUCUGAAGUGAAUUCGCUGUAGGCUGAAACGAACUCCACUGGCUAUGAGCUCGAUGGUUCGUGACCGAUUCCAGUUGAAAGGUCGCGGUGGACCGGCGGGAAGCUCUGAUGCCGUAUCAGAUCGGAAUGCGGGAGCUGUAGUGGGUGUGCUAAAGACUGCGAUCCGCCAGAUGAACUCUUUUCUUUUACUCAUGCUGACGAUUAUAGUCAGGGAUCUGGAUAUAUGUGUCGGUACCAUUCAAAUCUGGUCCCGUACUUUGGACAAAGCAGUCAGCUGAUCCCUG